AGCGGAGUAAAUAAUACAGGGCGGAGACCUUGAAACUCGAGGCAGUGAUUCACCCCUCGGCUUUUCUACUAACUGUACUAACUACUUCUACACCCUGGAAAAGAGACUCGGCAGUUAGGAUGCAACGUUUCCUUUACCUGACGCUGGUCCUGGUGGUCCUUCAGGCUAUCCAGAUCGGAGUGUCCGGCAAGAUGAAUUGCGAGGCUGAUACAGGGACCUCACGCAAAAUCAUCAAGUUUCUUGACCCAAACACGCUGACCUGUCCACCUCUGAUAGAUGACGAUGAAAGAUACUGCUGCAUCAGACCAUCAGAAAACUAUCCAUCCUAUUAUUGCUGCGACGCGCAGGAAUACGUGGAACAAACUGGAAUCGGAUUCAUGCUGUGCUUGCUGAUUGCACUGAUUGUGGCGGGGAUGAUCAUGUGCUGCGUGUGCUGCCUGUGCUGUCCUUGUUGCUGCUGGUACAAGAGGCGAAAUCAGGGAGCUGUGUACAACACCGUCGUAGGUGGGCCGCAGGCGGCAGCGCCCCCCGUCCCCCUGCACGCUCCACAGUCGGGCGUCUUCCAACAGCAGCAACCAUACCCAAUAUAUCCUCCACAAGGCUAUCCGCAGCAGUACCCAAUGUUGCCUCAGCAAAGCGUGCCAUUGUUGAACCCUCAGGGUGGUUACGCGCCCGCCGUUCCUCCGCAUGGAAACCAAUAUCCUCCAGCAGUUCCUCCUCACGCCCAACCAAUGCCACCACCAUACUCUGAAGAGAAGGACGCUUCAUACUCCCGCCAGGCACCAUACAACCCAAACUUUUAAUUAUGCAUUCUUCACUUUAAGCAACAUUUUCAAUCAUGCUUGCUUCAUGUGUGAUACUAAGGCUGGCAACCUAGCUAGCUGUGUAACAAUGAUUUCAACGUGCCUAAUUUGAUCAAUUACUAUCUAACGAUUAAAUCAGUUAAAUUUUCGAGAAUCUUAGAUGUUGUGUACAUGAUGAUGUGUUGUAAUGCACCAAAGAGUCUUGAUUACACUUCUUACGUGUUGUUUAUCUCGCAGGGAAAGCUAUAGAUCUGCAGUCACUCUGCAACUUAUUCAAAUAGCUGUUAUUUUGACGAGAGUUCUCUCUAAGUAUUGAAUAAAUUAUGUUUUCAACUUGGCUGCACACAUUUGUGGAGUAUUCUAAUCUUAAAUAAGUACUACAAUUAAGGGGGGGGGGGGGGUCUCAGUUUUCAUUUUGGCCAAAACCUACUCAUCUUUCAAUGAGACUGGCCCAGUUUUCAAAACACUGGAUUUCACACAUGCAUAUUGAAUUUAAUUUUUGCUGUAAGAUCCCAUGUUAAUUUAAGAUUUAAUCAAUUUUCAGACAUCAAGUUAUAUUUUUGUUUCAUGAAAAUACAGCAGUAUUCUAUCUAAUGUGAUGUAUAAUGGUCACUUUGUUUCCUCUGGUGCAACUUAUCAAAUUUUAUAAGGCAAGAAGGAUUAAACUUGUGUAUUUUUAGUUUGGAAAGGAAACCUAUUGAUAGAAAACUCAUCUCACUGUAUUCUUCUUAGAUGUUUGGUAAGGCGUGCCAUGCCUUUAUCGAUUACGGCUUGAAGGUCUGUGGAUAGUUAAGCAAAAGACUGCAUUUUGUAAACCUUUUGUACUUAAAAAGUGGCCAUGUGUCAGCGAGCUGAAAUUUUGUAUCGCCCGUAAUGUGUAUUAAACCAUUUAGAGCACUUUUUAACUGCCUUCUUGGUAUCAGUUCUGGUGUGUUGAGGAAUCGAAUUAUCCACAGUCCUUAUUAUAAAUUUAAGAAAGGUAUGUAACAACAUAGAGAACAGUGGAUGAAUUUCGCUGUUCCAAAUAAAUAUGGGCAGUAAAAAUAUUAGAUGAUGGGAUACAAAGGGAGAAAGUGUGUGUGCGUAUGAAAGAGAGAUAUAUAAUGUCGUAGCAAAAUAAAUUUCUAAUGAUAAUUUUUUUGUUAACUGAUAACAAGUUGUUCAGUCACGAGUUGUAAUGCAAUAGACCACGAAGAUUCAUACUGUAUAAUCUCAGCAGAUAAAUUAAUUAAUAAAUAUCAUUUUCUCUUAAUCAGAA